GUCAGCGUGGAUACUCGGCUGUACCCCUGCAGCUUCGCACUGCCUCUUUCGCUAACAUGCUCUGCUGUUUGCUCAGCGAAGAGCACGCGACCACCUUCAACACCACGCUGCCUACGACGAGACGCCUGCAAGGACUUCCGAUGCGACACGGGUCACACGAUCAAGAAGCAUGCUGAGACUCAGGCUGGCGAAGCCUACGAGCUUGCCGCAUACGUGUAACAGAAUCGCAUUGCUGCUUUUGCUGACGGUUGUAUGCACAAACUUGUAUCGUCGACUGGUCUACGACAAUGCCGAUCCGUACCAUUGCAACAAACUGCUCCACCAAGGUCAAUUCCUCGACUCGCCCGAUCGUAAUCCCGAACGUAGACCCUUCCAGAACUGGCAAGUGCCGGGCUGCCUCUUACACGACUACACGACGUCCGACAUCGCCGACUGCAACGAAGACGGUCAAGUUCUGUUCGUCGGCGACACAACAGUGCGACAGGUCUUCUGGGCUGUAGCAAAGAAGCUGGAUAGUGGCUGGGUUGAUGACCGUCGACAAGAGCUGGACAAGCAUGAGGACUUGCACUUAGAGGUCGGCCGCGCGAGGUUGAGCUUUAUGUGGGAUCCGUGGCUGAACAGCACAGGGUUCAGAGGAGAACUCAAGGCGUACAUGGACAGGAAUAGACCGGAGAACAGCGUACAGGAGAAGAGCUUGCACCCGAGCGAUGGCAAGAGGAGAUCGGUGCUGCUGUUUAUUGGUGGAGGAUUGUGGCAUGCUCGACAUCUAGGUGACGAGUACCUUCCAGCCUUCAACCAUGUGGUGGACCGUGUGGCAGCAGUUAUGUCUACCGCACACGAUCGCCUUACCUCACCCGCGAAUAUACGAGCCCACGGAAAAGACGGUGUCGAUGAUCAGAUCUUCUUUGCGCCAGUUCCAGAUCCAAUAAUUGACCGACUGAGUCCAUCGCGGGAGAUCAUCACGCAAAACAAGAUCUGGGCUAUGAACGACCACCUACAACUGUGGUCUAAUCGCGGCCUCAACGUACCGUGGUCGUACCGAGACAUGACAGCAAAUUGGCCUGAGAUGGUUGGCGGCAGCGGCCUGCAUGUGACAGAGCGUAUUGCAUCUCAGAUGGCGAACGUCGUACUCAACUAUCGUUGUAACGCAAAGGCAGUGCAAAACGGAGGCCAACCACUCGGCAGGACCUGUUGCAGUGCUUACAGAGAGGCGAAUUGGGUACAGAUCAUCGCUAUCGUAGUGUUUGUACCUCUGGUCGCUUUUUCAGCCUUCAGUCGUCUCUUUCGCGGUCCGGAUAAAAAGUCAACGGUCGUCUCACUUACCGAUGCGAUUUCCAUGCUCAUGCUUGCCGCAAUCUAUUGCUUCAUUGCGGAUAGAACCCACGUCUUCGACAAAAUCCAUAAGGAGUUCGCUAACAUCGACUUCCGGGUAAUGCUAGGCGUUGCUAUCCUGCUUUGUCUUCUCAGCAUCCAGAGCGUCCCACUCCCCGUGACCAAGAGUAGGAAACGCUCGCCAGAAAAGGCAACUCGAUCAUCAUCGUUUCUACUGCGGGAGCAGUCCGAUGAGUUCAAGGGCUGGAUGCAAAUCUAUGUCCUGGUGUACGCGUAUACAGGCGCUUUCAAUACAAUGGACUUCUUCAAGGUGUUCCGUGUCUUCAUUGCACUCUACCUCUUGCUGUCUGGCUAUGGCCACGCAAUGUAUUUCCUGCGGACCAACGACUUUUCUCUCUACCGCGUCAUGGGCGUUGUAUUGCGCCUUAAUACGCUACCGGUAUUUCUUGCGUUUGCACUGGAUAGGCCAUACUCUUCUUAUCACUUCGCACCGCUGGUAACGUUCUGGUUCCUUAUCGUAUUCUUAACACUGAGAAUCGGCCAACACUGGAACCACCGCUUGGAACUGCUAGCCGCUAAAGUGGCAAUCGCAGCACUGUUUACAACAAUGCUUAUUCACGCGCAGGGCGUUAUCGAUGUGUUGGCAUCUUUGCUCAACAUCGUCUUCCAAGCAGACAUUGACGUGGGUGAACUCCGCUUCAACCUCGGUAUCGACAAUUACGUCGUCUUCGUCGGAAUAAUGAUUGCAGCAAUUCACGUCAGCGUGCGUUCGAUACUACGUACGCCAUAUCGGCAGUUAGGCAUCGCUGGCUUUGUUGUGAAGCAAUACUUUGUCUUACAUCAGCUCCUGCUUGUUGCGUUUGCUAUCACUGCCGUUCCAGCAUUCUGGCUCCUCAUGCAGCAAGUGAGGACCAAAGUCGACUAUGUCUGGUGGAUGCCGUACAUUGCUUGGCUUCCCGCCCUUUCCUUCGUGGUCCUUCGCAACGCUACUCAUUCGCUGCGGGAACGGUACUGCGCGUCGUUUGCUUGGCUCGGCCGCAUAUCCCUUGAGCUUUAUCUGCUCUCGCAACAUAUCUGGCUUGCUGGAGAUGGUCAAGGUGUUCUGCGUAUUGGGUUUCGAUAUGGCAGCGGAACGUUACUGGGCGACAAAUGGCGCGAUUUGGUGGUCUUAAGCCCGAUCUUCGUCUGGCUCGCGUGGAAGGUACACGGCGCCACCAAAACGGUUACUGCUUGGUUACUAUUUGGACAAGGUGCGAUGAGAGACUCAGAGCAAGAUGGAAGACCUACGAAUGGAGAUGUAAUGGAACUGCCCGGAUGGCACCGGCCUGAGGGCAACAACACAAAUGAUUCAGAAAGUCGGCGCCAUACCCAGCAAGUCGAGCGCAAGAAGCUCUUCUUUAGAGUGGGUGGCGUCGCUGUGGCCAUCUGGCUCGUCAAUCUUACAUAUCCAUGAGACAGGACAUACAGUGUCUGACCCGUAUCUGCUCGAGCAGCUAACCGAUCCAUGGAGGCUCGGUAACUACGUGUUCGAUCUAGUUGCGUACAGGAAACAAUGUACAAUUUACAAUUGUCGCUUGGACAAUAUGGAUCCUGACGUGUG